GCUAAACAAGCGCCUUUUGCAAAAGUAGUAUUUAAGCAACGCGUAAACAGGGAGUUUGAUUUGCCGACAUUAUAAAUUUAAGUCAAACUCGUAGGCCGAAAUCGGAAGUAGCGAAACGGAGUUUCUUUCCGCUGGAAGAGGUGAUCACAUUCCCUGAUGUCGGUGAAGCCCGCACGGCCGGGAGCGGACACAGACGUGGACCGCUACAUCCGGGAGAGUGUCAAAAGCUUUAAGGACUGUAAUGUGAAGAACAACGCGCGACGGAAUUCCCUCCAGAGGCGGACGCUGGGGAUCGAGUGUGAGCGCCGCCUUGCGAGUGCCAGCCUGUCACGCGAGGAGAGGCAGCUGCGACAACAUCUCCGCCAGAUGAACAUUGAGAAAGCAAAGAAUCACAUCAUCCAUAACCUCAGGGAUACCAAGUCAGGGCACCGGAAGGUCAGCAAGGAGGAGCGGGCGGUACCGCAUGAGCUGCCCAUCCCCGUGGAGCCAUAUCCUGUCACCUUCCGCCCCGACACUCCCUCACCCACUGAGCUUGACAGGCGCAUACAUGGGCGGGCGUAUGCGGCGCGAAGUCACCGGCGACGGUCCCGGGAGUUCGAGGACCUGAAUCUAAACACCGGAAAUAACGGUUCCCUGUUCCAGAUACCGGAAGUAUCCCACGAGGACGAGGGUCCGCGCAGGCGCGUGAACUCCAUGUCUACCGCGCAGCGUGUCCUGAGCCGGAAACACUACAGCUCUUCCGGUAGUUCUAGCACCGCCGGAACACCUAGGGGAUCACCUAAAACCAGGAAGAAGAGUCUCGGACAAAAGAAGAGAGCUACCUCAAACAACUCUUCCAAAGAGAGCGUGGAUGAAGGCAGCGACCAAAUUACCUCCCUUUCGGAGUUGCACUGGAUUGGUGAUCCGGAAGCGAUCCACUCCGUGCGGCGGCCACGGCUGACGGUGGAUGAACAGGAACUAGAGGCAGAGAUCCACAAAUUGACCCUCACUUGACCAACCGGUCUCCGGGGCGGACCGCGGACUGAUAAGCAUGGUGUUCAGUAAAAGGCUUACAAGUGCAUCUUACAACUUUGUACCGAACUGGAUAAGUUGUGUCGGUUGGUACAUAGCUGGGAAAAUAAUAUUUAGUUAAGUGCUUCUUGAACAUAGGAAACGAAAGGUGGUCGAGCAUUAGAGCUAUAUUUUGGCAUU